ACCUCAAGAGGAACCGGAAACGAGAACAAACUUUUCCCGGUCAUUUUACGCAGCUAAAGUUGUUUAGUAUUUUCUCUUAUUUAGACACCAACACAUUAAAGAACACGUCUACAACCUGUAAAAACCAUCCCAGCGAGGAAAGUCUUGAGGUUAGCGAGCUAUUUAUUGGCACGCUCUUGCUUAGCCGCCCAUAGUUAGCGAUUAUAGCGUAACGUUAACCGGCUGGCCAGGUAUCAACAUAGCCAGUCAGUGCACUUGUUGGUGAUACGUGGAUUCAACUUGGAAGAUACUUUCAUGUUUUAGAUUUCAACAUGUCCUUGAGUGCAGUUCACUCCACACUGUCUAGUCUGAAAACAUGUCAGACAGAUAUUGGAACGGGGAUGGACAUUGUGACCGACGUUGCUCUGGACGUGGCAGAAACAGCAGGAACUGAGAAUGAUGCAGUCCUGAAGAAGCUGGAGGUGAUGAUGCUGGAGUGUGCCAAACUGGACCAGGAGAUCGACUGCUUCGUUGAGGUGGUGAACUGUGUCACUGCAGAGGUGAGGAACCAGGAGCCCGAGGCCAUGUUCAGACUGAAGUCUCUGGUGAAGGAGAAGUUCACUGAGACACACGGCAGUCUGUCUGAGGGAGAGCUACAGAACCACGUCAAGCUGGUCAGCUUUAAGGAGAACGUCAGAAACGCACUCAAAACAGUGAACCCUGAGGCAGCAGAGAAUAUGGAGGAGGAGAUGGAUGAGGACGUUGCUGUGACGCAGAGUGAGGUUAACUUCACCUGUCCCCUGACUCAGGUGGAGAUGGUGAACCCAAUGAAGAACAAGAAGUGUAACCAUCACUACGACCGGGAUGCCAUUAUGGGGAUGAUCAAGGCCAGGCAAAACCAGAAGAAGAAGUUACGCUGUCCAGUGGUUGGCUGUAGCAACACGGACGUGAAGCAAGGAGAUCUGAUCCUAGAUCAGAUGAUGAAGAGACAGAUCCAGAAGAGGUAGACUACCAAGGCAUGAUUCUGGUCCAGAAGAGGUAGACUACCAAGGCAUAAUUCUGAUCCAGAAGAGGUAGACUACCAAGGCAUGAUUCUGGUCCAGAAGAGGUAGACUACCAAGGCAUAAUUCUGAUCCAGAAGAGGUAGACUACCAAGGCACUAUUCUGGGGUACGCCAACUCAUCAAACCUGACAAUAAUAAUUAGACUUUUAUUUAAUUGAGGAAAAAAACAUGACUUGUUGUUGUUGUUGUGACCAAAUGUUAUCUUGUCUGAUCGUAUUUGUUCGUCACAGAAUUGCACUAUUCUGAAGUUUCAUAUAACAAAACCUCUCUUUAUUUAUACAUAAGGGAUUCAUAUUUUAUAGUCAGUCCAAUAAAGGUUUAUUGGGGGGGGGGGGGGGGGGGCAGGUAGCCUAGUGAUUACAGCAUUGGGCCAGUAACCGAAAGGUUGCUAGAACGAAUCCCUAA